AUGUCAAUCUAUAGAAACUUCAUCGGUGGAAUCACCCGAACCCAGUUGGAGACUGCAAAGUUCGGGUUCUACCUUCUUUCCCCAAUCUUGAUCAUGUACUACGUUGGUUUAGAUACUGACAAGAAGUUUAACUUGCCCGGGUUUUGGCCUGAUCCCGCCACCCUUAACCAAGUUCCCAAAGAACCUCACGAAAUUCAAGCUGAGAUUGCUAGAAUCAAGAGAGCCAGAGCUGAGAAGAGAAAGAGACUUGAAGAGAAGGCUCGCGAGUUGGGCUUGGACGAGGAAUGA